AUGAUCAGUGAGAUGGAGGAGUCCACCACCGUAGCGAUUUUCAGCAAGGUCUCCAACAUGAAGAGUCGCGGUGAAAAGGUCAACGGGGCCUUGUGCGUUGGUCAGCCAGACUUCGCACCUCCACCCGAAGCUAUCCAGGCGACCCAGGAAGCUGCCGUCAAGGGCUUGACGAGCUACACGGCAGCGGUGGCCGAGUAUCUCGAGAAGUACAAGAAGGUCAAGUACAGCCCCGACGAAGUGUUGAUUGCAUGCGGAGGCAAGCAGGCUAUCUACCAAGUCGUGAUGGCGCUCUGCCAGAAAGGCGACGAAGUGAUCGUCCCCGCACCGUAUUGGACUUCCUACCCAGAUAUUGUGAAGCUGUCGGGAGCGACUCCGGUAAUCUUGGAGACAACUGCAGCUCAAGGCUAUGCUAUCGAUGCCAAGAGGUUGGAUGCCGCGAUCACCCUGCGAACUCGCUUGGUCAUAGUGUGCAAUCCAUCGAAUCCGACAGGCUGCGCCAUGGGUAAAAGCCAAGUUGAGGAAGUCGCGGAAGUGCUGCGGAAGCCACAAAAUCAGCAUGUUCUCGUCCUCUCAGAUGAAAUCUACGAGCGGAUUUGUUAUGACGGCACAGAGCACGCAUCCUUUGCUGCUCUGAAGGAUAUGUGGGAGCGUACACUGACGAUCAACGGCUUCUCCAAAGCAUUCUCCAUGACAGGCUAUCGAUUGGGAUAUCUUGCCGCACCCAAAGAAAUUGUCAAAGCCGCCUCCAAGCUGCAGUCUCA